AUGGAGAGUUGAAAUUGUAUAAAGAAGCCCGCCCCGCCUCUGAACUCUCACGUCUCACUGUCCGCCAAAACCCCACAAACAGACUAUGGAAGCAGACGAGUCCCAGAGAGUAGUUCCAUUCCAGCUCCAAUUCGACAAACCCAUUGGCUCUCAGAUUAAGAUUGCUGAAUGGAAUCCAGAAAAGGAUUUGCUAGCCAUGGUAACGGAGGAUUCGAAACUUCUUCUCCAUCGGUUCAAUUGGCAGAGGCUUUGGACGACCGCCCCUGGAAAAUGCAUAACAUCCAUAUGUUGGCGUCCGGAUGGUAAAGCAAUUGCGGUGGGGCUUGACGAUGGGACUAUUUCGUUGCAUGAUGUGGAAAAUGGCAAGCUGCUGAGGACUAUGAAGUUCCAUAGUGUUUCUGUUGUCUGUCUCAACUGGGAGGAAGAUAGAAAAAAGAUAAUGGAUGGAAGCAACAACAAUUCAACAUAUGAAGAUCGCACGGCUCGUUUUUUCCCACCUGCUCCGAGAGUUCCUCGAAGCCCUGGGCUUGUUCCUGGAGAUAGUAGCGGUUUCAUGGAUGAGAGUGAUGAUUCAUUCAGGGAAUUGUUUGAUUCUUCAUAUAAACAGUUUGACAUCUUAUGCAGUGGGGAUAAAGAUGGAAAUAUUUGUUUCAAUAUAUUUGGCAUAUUUCCCAUAGGAAGAGUUAACAUACACAAUCUUGCUCUCCAAAGUUCUUUGAUGGGGAACCAUGUUUCCUGCCAACUCAUGGAUGCUUCUAUUUGCAAGGUGGCAUUGUCAAGUGAUAUUUGUCAUAUCAUGGUCUUGUGCUCUGGUGUACUUACUGAAGCUGGAUCAGAAGCAAGUGAUAAUCAAAUGUCAGGAAGUGAUUUACAAGGUCUCCACUGCUUGGUCCUUGACAGUACAAUUUUCUGGAAAAGGAAGAAUGAGCUUCACCAGAUGGCACAGCAAGCUUCCAAUGUAGAGCAUUUGAUCGAAGUCAUCCGGAAAUCACUAAGUGUCAUGUCUAAGCAGUGGUCAGACGCAAUGCAUAUGUACCAUGAUAAAUUCAAUGCUCUACCCUCCCUGAUUAUUGACCAUGGACUUGACUCCAGUCCUCAAGAAGAGCUUCUAAGCUUGUUAGGUGGUGCAAGGACAAGUCCACCGGUUCAUCAAUUUUUAGUUAAUUCUCUUGGUGAAGUAGGGCUCAAACGAGUGGCUAAGGCUGUUAGCGGGGCUGGAAAAGAACUUCAGACAAUUGUGCUUGAUCAUCUACAGCCUGCUGCAGAAAUUAUUGGAUUUCGAAUGGGAGAACUAAGAGGGCUUUCAAAAUGGCGUGCACGUUAUCUAGGUAUUGGAUUGGAUGAGAAGUUAAUUGAUAAUGCAACAGAAAAAGCUGGAAUGUUGCUUGUACAAAUUGAGAGAUUUAUUCGGAUUCUGUCUUCAGUGAUGCAGCAGUUUUCAAAUUUUUUCAACUGGCUUCUGAAAUGUGUAAAGGUUCUAAUGUCUGAACCAGGAGAUCAGCUUCUGCCCUUCAGUAGUGAACUUGUUAUCAUAUUCCUGAAGUUUCUAUACGACCAAGAUCCUGUCGGUAUAUUGCUGCAAGAUUCGGAGUUUGAUCACAACAUUGAAGUUGAAUUGGAAACAAAGCAACGAGUUAGGGAGUUGGCUCAUUUUGGAGGUUUCUCAGAUUCCGAUUACUUGAAAAGAACAUUAGCAAAAGAAUUUCAACAACUGGAGUCUUGUUUCAAGGAGGCUUUGGAGAUGCCAUUAGAAACAGUUUCCAGAAGGAUACUUUGUAAAGAUAUGUUGCCACUUUUCCCUGUUUCAUCAUUGCCAAUUUUUGAGUCCUAUUUUCCAGCAUCAGUAUCAUACUACCAGCAAGCUUCUGAUUCAGCAAUAAAUCAUGGAAAUACCCAUCAGAAGCUUACUGAUUAUACUUCCUUUAUGGUACCCGAUGAGACUUUCCCAAACAUCACAAAUUCCAUUUGCAUAGCAAGGGGGCUCAUACAUGAUCUGGAAAACUUAAAACAUGGCCAAAAUUCACUAGAGGCUGUGCUGCUACGUGUUCCUGAUGGUUAUCACUGUGUGGAUCUGUCUCUCUAUAAAGAAGAGCAAAUCGUGCUGCUACUAAAUGAAGUAACUGCAGCCUCUGAGAGCUCAGGAAAUGCUUGUAUGAUGAUUAUACAAGCAGCUGAACUUCCAUUUGUCUCUAUUUCAAGAUCAUCUAUUCUCAACUCUUGGAAUCUUGAUGAACUUCAGGAUUCUGUUACACACCUGCAAUUGGAGAAUGAAAAGGUUCGAGAAAUUUCUCACUCUGUGGUUGCCCCAUUGGCAGUCAGCGCAUCCAGAGGUGUGGCUUGUGUUUUUGCUGCACGAAAACGUGCCUUGGUCUACAUCCUAGAGGAAGAUGAAGAUGAAGUAACAGAUUCAGAGUAAAUCGCAGAAUAAUCCCAUCUCCAGCUGGUGCACCUAUGGUUUCGGCUUAUUCACCUGUUAUCAAGGCGUCUGUAUGUGUCUAUCUGUCUGUAUGUUGUACCAUAUAGGAGUUUUAGUUGGAAACUUUAUUUAUUUGUGGCGGCUAAAAAUAUGUUUAGGGCUAAAGAGAAAUGUUUUCCAUUUAAACAUAAUCUGUCAAUAACAUGUUUUACCAACCGUACAAUUCAGCAAUUAAAUUUGACAAUUUUGAACCACAAUUUUUAAAGCUAUAUUACUAAAUAAUUUCUCCUCUUUUCCCUUCUUAAACUCUGUCUUUCUUCCAAACCUGACGGGGGAUUGCCUCCCUUCUGUGCCUCUAAACUUUUCGUAAUUCAAGCAAGGAAAUGAAACAAUAAACAAUCACUCCAUAAGAAAAUCUGACAGGAGCUCAAACGCAG